UUGUGAAGCGUCUGCCGUUCCACGUAUGAGGAAGCUUCCUCUUCUGUUGGUGAAAUGCUCAGAUGUUUCCUCAUGUGUCAGUGUGAGUCUCUCUGUCUGAGAUCCGAACACACACACUCUCACCCAUGCUCAUGAGCUGAUCUGAAAGUCUUCUCUUGUGGAUGCUGGAGUUGAGGAAGAUCAUGCUGGUGUUUGGGCUGCUGCUGCUGAUACUGCAAACUGCUGCAUGUGUGGAGCGGUUCUGCAGUUUUACUCAGUCAGAUCCCUGUUAUGCAGCUCUGGGACACAAACUCAAUCUGCUGAUGGUGGACGCCAGUAAAUAUACCCGGACCAUAAAAAAGAUAAUAAACAACACAGAAGUUGCAGCUUGUAAAGUAAGAAAUGACACAAUGAGAGCAAAUGAUUGUGAUCUUUACAUAAACAGACCUGAAGUGAGAAUCAUUAAUGGGACUGUGAUGAUAAACUCUGUGAAGAGAGAAGAUUCAGGAGAUUACAAAUUAGUUUUCGAUAAUUCUGGUGGCACAGAAAUAUCUCAAUAUCUUCAGGUGAAUGUUGAAGCUCCUGUUGGCUCAGUGAAAGUGUCAAUCAUCUGCUCCUCCAAUCAGAUGAGGUCAGUGUCCUGCUCCUCUGAGGGGGAUCAGCUCCUCUACAGCUGGACUCUCAAUGGAGAAACACAGACAGAUGGAAACUCCACCAUUCAGCUUCAAGAGGAAACUAAAGGAGAAAUCACCUGCACUGUGAAGAACCACGUCAGCCAAGGAAACACGACUGUUAGCAUUAAAGACUGUCCUGGAUCAACUACUGAUGCUGUGACCUCUAGUUUGACCACAAAGACAUCUGAAAAUGGUACGAGUCUCUCAACAGAAAAAACUACUCAAAAUUACAGCUCUGGAAGUCUUUUUACACUUGCACGGUACUUAUUAAUCGCUAUGGGCUGUGUUGCGGUGAUCCUGAUUCUACUGUUCAUCAUUGUAUACUACGUUUACAGGAAGAAACAACACAAGUCACCAACACCAGCACCUCCUUCUGGAGACGUGGAGCUCAUUUACACUCACAUCUCUCAUCAAAAAACCAACAAACAAGGUGCAGGAAAGAAAAAAGAAGCGUCUCCAGAUGAUGAUGUGGAAUAUUCUGCGGUCAGAGUUCAGAAAAAGAAGAAGAACAAGCCGGAGGAAGAGGUUCAGUACGGAGAGGUGACGUUCAGCCCUAAACACUCAAACACCCAAAAUCAGCAGCAGCAGCAGCAGCAGCCGGCGGAGGAGUGUGUGUACUCAGAGGUACAUAGAAGCUAGAAGAGUCUGAGAAACACACACACACACACACACACACACACACACACACUCUCUGCUCAGUCAGAUUUACAGUCCACACACAUGUGCAUUAGGAGCUUGUGUAUAUUAUGAUGCUUUAUUUCAGUAUGUUAAUGAUAUGUGUGGCAUGUUAUACUGAAUACUGAUUCAUUGGAUUUACACUUUUUUUUUUAAGGUAAGGGGUUGCAAACAGGGUGGCACAGUGGUUAUCACUGUGGCCUCACAGGAAAAAGGUUGCUGGUUUAGUCCAGGGUGGUCCAGUUGGCGUUUCUGAGUAGAGUUUGCAUGUUCCUCCCGUGUUGGCGUGGGUUUCCUCCGGGUGAUUCGGUUUCCCCUUCAGUCCAAACACAUGCGCUAUAGGUGAAUUGAAUAAACUAAUUCAUUUGUUGUGUAUGAGUGUGUGUGUGUGUGUGUGUGUGUGUUUGUGUGUGUGUGUGUUUGUGUGUGUGUGUGUGAAUGAGACUGUAUGGGUGUUUCCCAGAACUGGGUUGCAGCUGUAAGGGCAUGAGCUGUGUAAAAAAAUAUACCAGAAUAGUUGGUGGUUCAUUCUGCUGUGGCGACCCCUGAUAAAUAAGGGAAUAAGCCGAAGGAAAAGGAAUAAAUGAUGGUUGCAAACUAUUUAUAUGGGCUGAAUUUAAACAAACUAAAUUUAAGCUGAGCAUUACUAUAUUUUGUUUGUUUGUUUAAAUUCAGGCCGUAUAAAUAGUUUGCAAUGACUUACCUUUAAAAAAA